AUGGCCAAGCUUGUCGGAAACCAAGUCGGAAUACGAAUCAUUUACCCCGAAAUGCCACCUCCCAAGAAGAGGUAUCGGCAGGGCACGCAGGAAUUUUUCGAUGCAGUUCGAAGAGGAGUCAUCGAGAUUUCAUUGCCCAAAUUCCAGAGCGACGACGGCUCGUCUUUCUUUGUCAUAGACUCACCGGCAGGGAGAUCUACAGUCGUCAAAGAUGCGCUUUCGAUGGAGACUACUAGCAGUAUUAGUGAGCACAGUUCCGACGUCGGAUUCUCCAAGGACACUCAGCAUGGCAAGAACAAAAAUGGACCGGAGUUUGGAGCGGAAGUAGAAAUCCUUCCACCGAGGCCACGCGAAGAAGCAGACGACGAGGCUGGUCCCGACGGCGCGCCUCGACGCGAAGAUCCCUUGUCUAUUGUCUCUCCAGAAUGUAGCAGCAGGAGCGGUUCGGGCGACGACACUCUGGAAGAAGCAUCAGCGAAUGAUUCGACUUGCCGUGAUCCUUCGCAACCCUCCCAACAGCCCGAUCCCACUCUACCUCGGUUCAAUGACAUAAUUGGCCACGACGCCGCAAAGCUGCGCAUUGAAGAAGUGCUGUUACCACUUGCCCUCCCUCCUGCAGUAGCAAAUUCGAUUCUCGCUGGCGUCCGCUCGAUGCCAGCUUCGAUCCUCUUGUACGGCCCUCCAGGAGUUGGGAAAACGAAGCUUGCCCGUGCAGUAGCAGGCGAGGCAGAAGCGUCGUUUCUGUCGGUAGGACCCGGUGAUAUCCUCAGCAAAUAUGUUGGUGAGAGCGAAGGCGCUGUCAGAGCAAUUUUUCGGAGAGCCAGAGAAGAAGCACAAUGCAUGGAAAGCAAAUGUUCGGUGCUCUUCUUCGAUGAAAUUGAUGCCCUGGGACAAAAUCGUGGUGGGGGCGGUGGCCACGAACAAGGUUCCGGUGAUUCAUCAUCGGCUUCGAGAAAGGUACUUGCUGAGCUCCUCCUUCAGCUGAACACAAUAUCCAACCAAACUCCCUUCGAGCCAGUGGGUGUACAAACGAGAGACGACGACGACGACGAGUCCGAGGAUGGCAACUGUUGGGAAGAAAUGGAAUCUCGUAACCCCUCCUCCAAGCCAGCGCAGCACGUCCGUGUGAUUGUUGUAGCGGCAACCAAUCGUCCUGACGACUGUGAUCCUGCCCUUCUUCGUCGCUUUGGGAUCCGCGUCCACAUGGGACUCCCGAAAAUAUCUGAUCGGCGACGCAUAUUGAAGCGGCUCUUGAAGAAGGUUGAGCACACAAUAACAAAGGCCGAACUGAACGAUAUCGCGCGCACACUGAACGGGUGGUCGGGGUCGGCACUAGAGAGUCUUGCAAGAGAAGCCACCAUGGCCCCGGUGCGGGAGUGCAUUCAGGCAGCAGCGAGGAAGAAGAGAUCCGUCAGAAGGUCUCGAGAUCAGCGCUUUACCACAAAGAUGGGUGCUGAUCUCAACCAGCAAGCGAGGGAUUGUUUGCUGGUUGGUCUGCAAAGCAUGCGCCCUGUUGCCCUCUCUGACUUCGACGCGGCUAUUGCCUUCACAAGUGGCAGCGAGGACUCCAGCAAAGACAACGAUCCCAACGACAAGGGCGAUCAUUACGACAGUUCCAGUAGCAGCUCAGACGAAGACGACGAUCAAAAAUGA